GGGUCCUAAAAUUGGGUUAUCGACUUCUCUUCUCUCCCCCGAUUCGGGCGACGGUUUCUGGGCCUCCAUCGCGUGGCGACGAAGGAAACCCUAGAUCGCUAGGCUUCGAUCCUCCUUGCCUCCGCGGGAUCCGAAUCCAUGGCGUCCCGAAGGCGAAUGCUCCUCAAAGUUAUCAUCCUCGGGGACAGCGGGGUCGGGAAGACAUCUCUGAUGAAUCAGUACGUGAACAAGAAGUUCAGUAACCAGUAUAAGGCGACCAUCGGAGCUGAUUUCUUGACUAAAGAAGUUCAGAUCGAUGACAGAUUGUUCACAUUGCAGAUAUGGGACACAGCAGGACAGGAGAGGUUCCAGAGUCUUGGUGUGGCUUUCUAUCGUGGAGCUGAUUGUUGUGUCCUUGUGUAUGAUGUUAAUGUCAUGAAAUCAUUUGAUAAUUUGAAUAAUUGGCGUGAAGAAUUUCUGAUUCAGGCUAGCCCUUCUGACCCUGAGAACUUCCCUUUCAUAGUGUUGGGUAACAAGAUCGAUAUUGAUGGUGGCAACAGCCGAGUGGUCUCCCAGAAAAAGGCCAAGGCAUGGUGUGCAUCAAAGGGGAACAUCCCCUACUUUGAGACGUCAGCUAAAGAAGGAUUCAACGUCGAAGCUGCUUUCCAGUGUAUUGCGCAGAAUGCUCUCAAGAAUGAACCAGAGGAAGAUAUAUAUCUUCCUGAUACCAUUGAUGUCUCGGGUGGUGCAAGACAGCAGCAAUCAUCUGGUUGCGAAUGCUAGAUGGAAUUCGUUCGUGUUGCUCUUUCAAAAUUUGUCACCUCACCAAUUUAAUCCUAUCGUUGCAACAUCACUUGUAAUUUGUGCCAUAUUCUAUGGUGAUUGGUUCUUGUUCUUUCUGGGAUGUUCUUCCCCUGUUUAUUUAUAUGUGUUAGCUUCAAGGAUCAUCAACUUGAUUGUACCCCAUGAAUAUGGUUGCCGAAUUUUAUCAGCCUCUGUGCAAUCUUUUGCACGCGUCCAA